CACAGGUAAUAUUUGUUUUACUUUUAACUUAUCAGUAAUAUAUACACUGAUCUAUGUACAAUCACGUGUAGUUAGUGUGUGUAGUGAGAAAGAUAUUCGCUUACACAGUGACAAAAUGGCUUGUUGCGGAGGACCUGGAUAUGCCUCACCACUUUCUGCCAUGCGGAGUGGGGCUAGGGAGACAUUAGUAUAUAUUCCCUGUAUCAUCCCACCAAGCAGACGUAAUGUUGAGCCAGAUUACCUAGUCACAGUAGACGUUGACCCAAAAUCACCAACUUACUGCAAGGUUAUCCACAGACUGCAUAUGCCAAAUUUGGCAGACGAACUUCAUCAUUCAGGAUGGAAUGCAUGUUCCAGUUGUCAUGACGAUCCGUCAAGAUCUAGAAACCGACUUAUUUUACCAUCAGUCAACAGCAACAGAAUAUAUGUGGUGGACACUGGAACCGAUCAAAGAAAACCUCGACUAGACACGAGUAUUGAGCCAUGGGAGAUGACAGAAAAAUGUGGGAUGUCAGCUCCUCACACGACACAUUGUCUUGGUUCCGGUGAUAUAAUGAUUAGCUGUAUGGGAGAUCCGAAAGGAGACGCCAAAGGUGGUUUUGUUUUGAUCGACGGCAAAAGCUUUACAAUAAAGAAAAAAUGGGAACGUGAAUCUAUUGAAUUCGGUUACGAUUUUUGGUAUCAGCCAUAUCAUAAUGUCAUGAUCAGUACUGAGUGGGGUUCACCAAAAGCAUUUAGGAGCGGAUUCAAUCCUGACCAUGUAAAACAAGGAUUGUAUGGAAGAUGUUUGAACGUUUUUGAUUGGCAAAAACAUGAAAGAAUUCAAAGAAUUGACCUUGGCGACGAAGGUAUGAUCCCACUAGAAAUAAGAUUCCUCCAUGAUCCAGAGGCAACAGAAGGUUAUGUUGGAUGUGCUCUUAGUUCCAAUAUCUUUAGAUUCUGGAGAAAACCCGAUGGUGUAUGGGAUGCUGAAAAAGUGAUUGAUGUUCCCUCCAAAAAAGUGCAGAACUGGGCUCUUCCGGAUAUGCCAGGUUUGAUCACAGACAUCUUGUUGUCACUGGAUGAUAGGUUCAUUUACUUCAGUAACUGGAUACAUGGCGACAUUAGGCAGUAUGAUAUCACAGACAGACGUAAUCCAAAACUAGUUGGUCAGGUAUGGCUGGGUGGAAGUAUCCAAAAAGGCGGAAAAGUGAAAGUUACAGAGGACAAAGAAUUAACAAGACAACCAGAACCAGUCUACGUAAAAGGACGUUUGGUAAGAGGUGGUCCUCAGAUGAUUCAGUUGAGUUUGGAUGGGAAAAGGAUAUACGUAACAUCAUCCCUAUUCAGUUCCUGGGAUCAGCAGUUUUAUCCCGAGUUGAUUACGGAAGGUAGUCAGCUUUUCCAAAUUGAUGUUGAUACAGUUAAUGGAGGUAUGACGUUGAAUAAGAACUUCCUGGUUGACUUUGGAGAUGAACCAAAUGGACCUGUAAUGGCUCAUGAAGUGCGAUAUCCCGGAGGAGACUGCAGUUCUGAUAUUUGGUUGGCCAGCACUGUUGGCAAAAAUAAGCUGUAAAGUUUUACGCAGACAUUUCAAUUAGGACUGUUUUAAAAGCUUGAACUAUUUAAAGUAACAUUUUACCUUUUAUCAUUUUCAUCAAAUGAAAUUGAUGUUGCUUGUAAGAUAUAUAUUUUAUACAGAAGCUUUUAUAUUUUGAAAAUUAGGGGCCAAUAUUUGUUGUUAUAUGUAUUUGUUGAUAUUGAAACUAUAUAAGAUAAGAUUUUUUUUUAGAAUUUUCAAUUGCGUUUUAGAACUACUAGUUACAUUUAUAUAUUGAAAUGAAACAGAAUUUAUUUAGUUAAAAGAUACAGAGAUGAAAUGAAUGUUGCCUAAAUAAAAGUCAUUAAUAUGUAAGGUCUUUUGUCAAUAUUUUUAUUUCAAUACCAAAGAAUCUUGUACUAUUUAAUUGUUGUAACUGUUUCUUUAUUUUUUUUAGAAAUUAAAAUUUUCAUUUUUGUACUGUAUCUAAAUGCAGUGUAACUGAACAUGAAGUUAUUUAUAAAUACACAAUAAGCUUCUGGUGUUGUUUGUAUUGUUUAUAUAUGUACUGAUAACACAUUACAUGCAUAUUAAAAUUGAUAACACACAUAUUUCCAGUUUGCGAAAUGCAUCUUUAA